GAUUUUUCACUUGUUUUUUUCCUAUUUUUUCUUUGCUUUUUCUGUUCGCUUUUUUCAUUUGCAGGAGUCACAACUUGGUGGGAGGCUUGGAGUAGCUAAAUAAGAAAGUUUAGAUUCAUCUCAAUCAGAUAAAAAGUUUCAAGCAAUCGAGCAAAUGAAAUCUUUGAAAAAGUCUCUGGCCAGGGAGUAAUGGCCAAUAUGAUGAUCUACCUUAGAGAUACUUACCACAUGGGAGCUGCAGCCGGACAGAGUGUUCUAUUUAUAUAUGGAGCGGUAGCAUCUAUCCUACCAGUAUUUGGAGCUUUCUUAGCUGAUUCCUACUGUGGUCGCUACCGAGUGAUCUUGAUUGGAUCUGUUGCAUGCCUCCUUGGGACUAUUCUUGUUUGGUUGACUGCAAUGCUGCCAGGAGCUAAGCCCCCUGCUUGUGCCUCUGCUUGCCAGUCCCCAACCCCAUCCCAGCUUGCCCUGCUCUUCUGUGGCUUUGCUCUCCUGGGCAUUGGAGAAGGUGGUGUUAGGCCAUGUUCUAUAGCCUUUGGUGCAGACCAGUUCAGCCAGAGGAAGGGCCCUGAGAAGCAGAAGAUCCUUCAGACUUACUUCAACUGGUAUUAUGCAUCGGUCGGGUUCUCAUUCAUGGUCGGAUCAACUGUCAUUGUGGCCAUACAAGAUCAUUUUGGAUGGAAGGUGGGCUAUGCUGUUCCACUGGCGCUUAUACUAUUAGCUACUAUCUUGUUCGUGGUGGCCUCCUCUCUCUACAUCAAUAUGAAGGCUGAAAAGAGUAUGUUUACCGGUUUGCUGCAAGUGGUUUUCGUGAGUCUGAAACACAGGAAUCUAGUUUUGCCACCCAAGACUUCAAAUGCAAGUUAUUAUCACGAGACAGACUCCAAACUCACGGUUCCCUCGGAUAAGCUGAGGUUCUUUAACAAAGCAUGCAUUAUACAAAAUCCUACCGAGCAGUUGAACAUUGAUGGAUCAACUUCAAAGCCAUGGAAUCUGUGCACCGUGGAGCAAGUAGAGGGUCUCAAGUCAGUGAUGAGGGUGAUCCCCCUCUGGUCAUCAGGGAUCAUGGUCCCCUUGGUCCUCAAUCAAGGCUUCCCUGUGCUGCAGGCAAAAACAAUGGAUCGACACAUCUUCUCAAAGUUUGAAAUCCCUGCAGGCUCCUUCGGUGUGUUCGGCAUCCUCACUCUGACGGUAUGGUCAGGUAGCUACGACCGUUUCAUCGUUCCCGUGCUGGAAAAGAUCACCAGGAGACCACGCGCAUUUAGCCUCAAACAGCGCAUGGGGAUCGGCAUAAUAAUAUCAACCGUAUCAACCGGGGUGGCUGCAAUCGUGGAGGCCAUCCGGCGGAGGAAAGCAAUCGAGCAAGGGUUGGCGGACGAUAUGAAUGGGGUGGUCGCCAUGUCAGCGAUGUGGCUCGUGCCGCAGCAUUGCCUUUCUGGCUUGGCCGAGGCCUUCAGCGUCAUCUCCCAGAUCGAGUUCUACUACACCGAGCUACCCAGCAGUAUGGCAAGCUUUGGGGUAGCUUUCUGGACGUUAGGGGCAGGAUUAGCAAAUCUGCUAGGAGUUUUGGUCUUGAAGAUUGUGACGAGGACAACCGGAAGUAAUGGAAGGGGGUGGCUUUCAACCAAUCUAAACAAGGGCCACUAUGACUACUACUAUUGGGUCCUUACAUUGAUGGGUGUAGUUGAUUUCUUCUACUUCCUUGUUUGCAGUUGGGCUUAUGGUAGGGAGGGGAAGAACAGGAUGAGGGAAGAGGUGGGAGAUGAAGAAGAAGAAGAAGAAGAAAGCAUGCAGCACUCUUAACUAGUUACCCAUUCUCCGCUGAGGUGCACACUUAUAUGCUCUCUUUAUCCGUGUUGUCACAACUUAGAAUAAUGAAGACCGAGCUUGCAUGAAUAUGAUCAAACAACUUACCUAUAUUCUAUGUUGCUCCGUAAUAUUGUUGGGGUUUA